AUGGCGGCGGCGGCUUCGGCCGCGCUGCCGCAGCUGCUCGGGCCCGGCCGGGCGGGCGGCGGGCGCUGCCUGCCCGUACCCGGCAUGGCCGCCAAGGGGGCCCGGCAGCGGCCGCGGGCGGGCGGUGGGGACGCGGCGGGGCGGCGGCCCGAGCCCACGGGCAGCGAGGAGGCGCGGAACGAAUCAUCCGGGAGCAAAGCAGGGCACGUCUGGGCCCCUGAAGGAUCAACAGCUUUCAAGUGUCUGAUCUCAGCCAGGUUCUGUGCAGCUCUGCUGAGCAACAUCUCGGAUUGUGACGAGACAUUUAACUACUGGGAGCCGACACACUACCUCAUUUAUGGGAAGGGGUUUCAGACCUGGGAGUACUCUCCUGCCUACGCCAUCCGCUCCUAUGCUUACCUGUGGCUCCAUGCCUUGCCAGCCUGGUUCCAUGCCAGGGUUCUGCAAACCAACAAGGUUCUCAUCUUCUAUUUCCUGCGAUGCUUCCUGGCCUUCCUGAGCUGCAUUUGUGAACUCUACUUCUACAAGGCUGUGUGCAAGAAGUUUGGGCUGCACGUGAGCAGGCUGAUGUUGGCCUUCCUGGUGCUCAGCACGGGCAUGUUCUGUGCUUCUGCAGCUUUCCUGCCCAGCAGUUUCUGCAUGUACACCACGGUGGUGGCCAUGACAGGCUGGUACAUGGACAGGACCUCGGUGGCAGUGCUGGGGGUGGCUGCUGGGGCCCUGCUGGGCUGGCCCUUCAGCGCAGCUCUGGGACUUCCUAUUGCCUUUGACCUGUUGAUCCUGAAGAAGAGGUGGAAAAGUUUCCUGAACUGGUGUGUGGUGUCCUUGAUCCUGUUUUUGGUGCCCUUGGUGCUGGUGGACAGCUAUUACUAUGGGAAGCUGGUGGUGGCACCUCUCAACAUCGUUUUGUACAAUGUCUUCACCCCUCAUGGGCCUGAUCUCUACGGUACAGAGCCCUGGUACUUCUAUUUCAUCAAUGGCUUUCUGAACUUCAAUGUGGUUUUUGUGCUGGCCCUGCUCGUGCUGCCUCUGACCUGUCUGAUGGAGUGUCUUCUGCAGAAAUUCCGUGUUCAGAAUCUGGGCCGUCCCUACUGGCUGACCCUGGCUCCCAUGUACAUCUGGAUCCUGAUUUUCUUCAGCCAGCCCCACAAAGAAGAGAGAUUUCUCUUCCCCAUCUACCCCCUCAUCUGCCUCUCUGGUGCUGUGGCUCUCUCUGCUCUUCAGAAAUGUUACCACUUCAUCUUCCAGCGCUACCGCCUGGAGCACUACACAGUGUCCUCCAACUGGCUGGCCCUGGGGACUGUCCUCCUCUUUGGCCUUUUGUCACUGUCACGCUCUGUUGCCUUAUUCAAAGGCUACCACGGGCCCCUGGACCUGUACCCUGAAUUCCACAGGAUUGCCACUGACCCCAGCAUCCACACGGUGCCAGAGGGGAGGCCAGUCCAUGUCUGUGUGGGAAAGGAGUGGCACAGGUUCCCCAGCAGCUUCCUCCUGCCAGACAACUGGCAGCUCCAGUUCAUCCUGUCAGAAUUCCGGGGCCAGUUGCCCAAACCCUUUGCCAAGGGGCCCUUGGCCACCAGGAUCAUUCCUGCAGACAUGAACGACCAGAACAAAGAGGAGCCAUCUCGAUAUAUGGACAUCUCCAAAUGCCACUACCUGGUGGACUUGGACACAGCAGCAGAGACCCCCAGGGAGCCCAGGUACUCCUCCAACAGGGAGGAGUGGGUGACCAUUGCCUACAAGCCAUUCCUUGAUGCUUCCAGGUCCUCGCGGCUGCUGCGCGCGUUCUACGUCCCGCUGCUGUCGGAGCAGCACACGCGCUACGCCAACUACAGCAUCCUGAAAGCCCGCAGGAGGCAGCCCAGGAGGAAACUGGGGGGCUAGGACACACCUGGGCCAGCCAAAAUCCCACCCAGAGCAGCUGCUGGCACUCCUGGAGAGCCCCCGAGGGAAGGAUGGGGCUGGGAGGGUUCCCUGAGCAGCCCUGGCAGCCUCCGCUCCUCCGCCUCGAGCCAGUGGAAAAUCCAGCAGCCACCUGUGGAUGGGGUGUCCCUGCUGCUCCCUGUGUCCCCUCCUACACCAGAGAAGAGAAAAAUGGAAAAUGAGAUGGGGUAUCCCUGCUGCUCCCUGUGUCCCCUCCUACACCAGAGAAGAGAAAAAUGGAAAAUGAAAUGGGUUAUCCCUGCUGCUCCCUGUGUCCCCUCCUACACCAGAGAAGAGUAAAAUGGAAAAUGAGAUGGGUUAUCCCUGCUGCUCCCUGUGUCCCCUCCUACACCAGAGAAGAGUAAAAUGGAAAAUGAGAUGGGUUAUCCCUGCUGCUCCCUGUGUCCCCUCCUACACCAGAGAAGAGUAAAAUGGAAAAUGAGAUGGGGUAUCCCUGCUGCUCCCUGUGUUCCCCUCUUACACCAGAGAAGAGAAAAAUGGAAAAUGAAAUGGGUUAUCCCUGCUGCUCCCUGAACCCCCCAUACACCAGAGAAGAGAAAAAUGGAAAAUAAAAUGGAAUAUAAGAUGGGGUAUCCCUGCUGCCCCCCAAACUUCCCUUACACGAGAGAAGAGUAAAAUGGAAAAUAAAAUGGAAAAUAAGAUGGGUUAUCCCUGCUGCUCCCUGUGUUCCCCUCUUACACCACAGAAGAGUAAAAUGGAAAAUGAAAUGGAAAAUGAGAUGGGGUAUCCCUGCUGCUCCCUGUGUUCCCCUCUUACACCAGAGAAGAGAAAAAUGGAAAAUAAAAUGGCCCUCUUACACCAGAGAAGAGAAAAAUGGAAAAUAAAAUGGCCCUCUUAUACCAGAGAAGAGAAAAAUGGAAAAUAAAAUGGCCCUCUUAUACCAGAGAAGAGAAAAAUGGAAAAUGAGAUGGGGUAUCCCUGCUGCCCCCCAAACUUUCCUUACACGAGAGAAGAGUAAAAUGGAAAAUAAAAUGGAAGAUAAGAUGGGGUACCCCUGCUGCUCCCCGUGUUCCCUCUUACACCAGAGAAGAGAAAAAUGGAAAAUAAAACAGGGGGUGGCACCUUGAGGUUCUACUCCGGGCUGCAAAUGUGGGAAAAUCCAGCUCAAAUUCUCUCUGUGUCUCCCCCACCUGCCCCUCUGCUCUCCUCACCUGCUGUGGCUUUCACCCAGGGAAUUUUUCUUUCAGGUAACAAAGUUUAGGAAUUUUCCAAAGGGAAAAGGAGGAAGAACACCUGACAGUGAACUGGAAUGCACUGGAUCUCCAGGAGUGAACCCUCGUGCACCACAGAGGAACAGCCAAAGCUGCUCUGUCCAGGAGACAUUGCCAGGGAAAAACCUCUGCUUUUGGGAAGAAAAAACCAAACUGGGACAAUUAUGUGUUUAAUGGGAUCAAUGUUUGUGUUAUCUGUGAAGCCAAGUGUGUGUUUGCUAUUUAUAAUGAUUUUUUUCAAGAUCCUUUGACUUCUGGACUUCAGCAUCUUAAAAAUUCUGGAAUCAUCCAGAGAGGAGAAGGAUGAAUCCUUUCUUUCUUAAUUUUUUUUUUGCAGUUCUGUUUCCCAGAAUAGCCAGGAUGUGUUACGUGGGUCCAACAUGCCUCAGAGCAGUGCUGUGCUUGUUAAAUUUCCAUUUUUAAAUGUGCAGCAUCACCA